AUUUAAGUAAAAUACAAGAAAGAAGUGUAGUUUUAUUGAGAAUUAAAAAAUAUUUCAUUGACAAUAUUAAUUUAAAUGAUAACCGUUUUCCAAAUGGAAUUUGUGGAAGAUGUUGAACUAAUUUAGUAAAAAUGGAUAAAGGUAACACCAAUAUAGUUUUAUGUAAACCAUUUGAUUUCUCUAAGAUCAAAGAAACGAUUCUUACUAGAAAUCAACAGUUUUGCCAAUGUGAUAUUUGCCUUACUGCUAGGUGUAAUUUAACACGUGGAUCAAAUAUAGAAAAAAGAGGAAGACCAAAACUCAACAUGAAAGUUUUACCCUCUCCUGGACCAGUUAAAGUUUGUAAAAGAUGUCUAAAUGUUAUUGGACCAGGAUUAGCCCACACCUGUUGUAUUACAAAGCGAAGGGAAAACCUAAUAAAGCUACUAGAUAAAGACGAUAGAGGUGCCGAAUUGCAAUGUUCAAAAACUUUUAAACAAAAGUUUGAAAAACAAGGCAAUUUAAUUAAGGUUGCAACAUGCAGAACUUUAAUUAGUAUACAAAGACCAAAAACUUCUUCUAAAGCUUUGUUUACUGAUUCACCGAUACAUACAAGUGAAGUGAACAAAUUAAAAAAUGCAUGUGGUCUCAGUAACACACAAGGUGCUAAAGUUUUAAGUAUUUUUAGAAGUUGGAAAGGUCGCAAAUCAUUUGAAAAAAAUACGAGAAAUAAACUGAUUGAAGAAGACGCCAUUUUAAAUGAAUACUUUGACGUGAGAUCUGUUAAAUUUGAUGAGGGUGAAAAGGUGAUGGCUUAUUGCAAAGAUAUUCUAGGACUGGUGGACAAUGUUGUCAAAAAAAGAAAUAUUUGCGCUGGAUUUUUGAAAAUUUGUUUAAAUAUCUUAGAUCGUUGCGAGGUAUCUAAAGAAAAGGUAAAAAAAUUUAGUUAUGACGAAGGCAUAUGUAAAGAAAAUACAAAAAUGGUGGGGUUAACAAACUCAUUAUUAUUGCACUUGUAGAAAAUUUGCAAGAAUCUUACGCAAAUAUGAAAAUAAUAAUCGAUUUUAUUAAUUUAAACAGUAUUAAAUACUUUUGUGCUUUCGAUAUGAAGUUGGCCAAUAUUUUUUUUGGAAUAGAAACUGCAGCCUCAACUCAUCUUUGCCCUUGGUAUAUAGCUAGCAAAAAUGAUUUUCAAAAUUUUGAAUUUCUAGGUAAACAUAGAACGCUUGGAAUGAUUAGAUCAUCAGCUAAUAAUUACAAAAAUGCUUGCAGAAAUAAAAUUAAAAAAUCAAAGUUAUCUGCAGUAUCCUAUCAUAACUGUGUAGACCAACCACUUAUUGAUUUACCAGAUGAAACAAAGGUUAUAAAACUUCUUGCUCCGAUGAAAUUUUUAAUUAUCUUGAUUCAUAUACAAAAUCUAAAGAAUUUUGUUUUAAAGCAGAGGAGUGGAAUGAAAAACUGGGGUUUAAAAGACCAAGGCUUCAUGGUAGGCAGUUUAAGGGAGGACAGUGUUCAAAACUUCUUGAUAAUAUAGAUAUUUUGAACGAUUUGAUCAAGUCUUUUUCACUAGAUAAUGAUGAACAACUUUCUUUCAUACUACAGGCAUUUAAAUGCUUAACAGAAGUUAAAGUUAGUUGUUUAGCGAUGACUUUAGAACCCGACUACGAAAUAAAAGUAAAAGAUUAUCAAGAAGCUUACUAUAAACUUGGAUUUAGAGUAUCACCUAAAGUACACGCUUUAGUAAAACAUACAGAAGAAUUUUUAAAAAUGAUGUCAAGUGAUUAUUCAAACAAAGAUCUAGGCUUUUUGGAGCGAAAAAGCCUCUGAAUCUGUUCAUCAAAAUUUUAGUCAGUUCUGGGAAAACGGUUACAAGGUAUCCAAAUGUCACAAAAAUUAAUCGAAAAGGUUGCAUAAAGCUAUUGUUACAUAUAACUCUCGUCAUACUUUCUUUUCUGAAAGUCUUACUGAUAAACUAUAUAUAUAAUUUAUUGUGAAAAGUUAGUUUGUAAAAUAUGAAACAGUUAUUUUUAAGUUGUUAUUUUAAAUAUCACU